AUGUCAAAACGACUCUAUGUUGGUAAUCUCGAAUACGGGGUAGAGAAUGAUGACCUCAGCAAGCUUUUUGGUCAGUUCGGAGAAAUCACUGAUAUAGCGAUUAAAGACAGAGGUCAAGGAGCAGUUUAUGCAUUCGUUGAGUUUUCCAAGGAAGAGGAGGCUGACAAUGCUCAAAGCAGUUUGAACAGUACCCAUUUUAUGGGGAGAGAUAUCCGGGUGGAAUAUACGAGAGGUCUAAGGUAUUCUACAGGUGAUUCGAUUCGCCGAGGUCCUCCUCGUAGAACGGACUAUCGUAUCGAGGUUACGCAUUUGCCUCACAAUUGCAGCUGGCAGGAUUUAAAGGACUAUAUGAGUCGCAUUGGUCCAGUGGGCUAUUGUGAUAUUCGUCAUGGCUAUGGUGUUGUGGAGUUUAUCCACUACGAAGAUAUGAAGCGUGCAGUGCGUAAGUUGGACGACACCAAGAUGUACAGCAAUGGAGAAUCGAACUACAUCCAUGUGUACAAUUGCUAUCAUUCGAGACAUCAUCGUCAUCAUGAUCGUUCUCGUUCUCGUUCCCGUUCUCGUUCUCAUUCUCGUUCUUAUUCUUACUCACCUUCGCGUUCUCGAUCGCGUUCUCGUUCUCGUUCCUAUUCGUACUCAAGCUACGAUUCGCGUUCGCCCUCACAUUCAUACUCGCACUCGCACUCUCAUUCGCCUUCACACUCACGCUCACAUUCACAUUCACCCUCACCCUCACAGGCGAGUGCAGCGUCCAAACCGCGAUCACCUAGUACCAGUUCGCAAAAAGAGAAGGAGGUCAAGAAGGAAGAGGAAAAGGAAGUUCAAAACGAGGUGGAAAACCAGAACGAAAACCAGAGCGAAAACCAGAAUGGAAAUCAGAGCGAAAACCAGAGCGAAAAUCAGAGCGAAAACCAGAACGAAAAUCAGAGCGAAAACCAGAACGAAAAUCAGAGCGAAAACCAAACAGUAAACAACUAG